AUGUCAGGAUUCGAGAUUGGAUGGAGGCCUAGAGCGGCCGAGCGGCCACCACAGACCACACAACAGGCGACUCAGAUGGUGUACAAAGAUCCGGUUACAAAAAGCAUAGAACGUAAAAGAACAAACAGGGAGAGCGGCGUACUGCACCUAAAUCACGGCGUACCACACACAUAAAUGGUGGACGGGGAUAAAACACAACCUCGUACCGAGAACACACUGCAAAUAAGACGUUGUAACCAGCACCUGCACCCUGCCUGCAUAACCUACCCAGUUCGGUAAUCUGAUGCAAAACCUUCCAUAGAAAAAAAUCCAUUUUGUGUACUUGGAUUUCAUAGCGGUAUAUUAUGUAACGGUGCCUUCCAUGAAGUGAAUCAGUCGAAUACCCAAGAAUGCACUCUAAAACGCAGAGGAAGAAAGCCACGAUCCUAAGGACAUGCAGUACGGCUCCUCCAGCAAACCCACUCCGAGCGUGAAAUAACCAAGCCGGUUUGGCACACAGUUCUCAGGCUGAACGAAAACACGCGCGUUACAAUAAAGAAAUUCACGCACACCAAACCAAAAAAAAGCGCCACGUGCACUUUAUUUAGUCAGUCGUGGCGUGUCUGAGCCACCGAAUGUCGUU